AUGACUUUCGCGGAACUGUGCGACGACUUCGAAUGCGUGAGCAGCCCCGCCGUUGAGCGAACGGCGAAACAGCUGGCGAGAGACAUUCACGACAUGCGCGAAGACAAGAGGACGCUGUCGUGCUUCGCCAUCAAUUCAAAAUACUCGGACUCAAUCCGGUCCUUCACGGGUCGCGACAAAUACCGCCGCCUUUCGUGGAUCCGCAGCGCGCUUCAGAACUCCUCAGUGCACAUGCUGGGAAUGUCGAUGGAGUCAACGAGCGUCCUCGUGAUCACGUGGCAGCUGCGCGGGUACCUCGUCAUUCCGGGUGGCUUACUGGACGCGCGCGUGACGUCAACGUUCACGCUGAACCAGAUCAGCGGCCAGGUCAUCAACCACCGCGACCAAUGGGACGUCGCCAGCUCAGCGCUGCCCAUCCAGCUGGCGUUCUGGGCGUCGCGGCUCGCGUGGUCCACAUCAGAGGCGAUUAAAGACGUAACGGAGAAGUCCGGGGAGGGGAGCAAGAGCGGAGGCGGGGACUCGAAUUAUAUUUAUCCGCACCCGUCCGGCGACCCUAGACGAGUAGGGCGACCCCAACAAGGACCUGUACCAGGCAGCCUUCUUCAUCUGUGCCUUUCCCCUUAUCCACUCCUGUUACCCCCCCCUCCCCUUCGCCCUCCAUCGCAGUUCAUCCAGCAGGGCGACCCCAACAAGGACCUGUACCAGGCGGCCUUCUUCAUCGCUCUGCUCUACCUCGUGGUGCAGGCCGUGCAGCUCAUCAUCUGA